AUGAGUUCCUCCAGCAUCGUGAAGGCGUUGGAACGCUACACCAGCUGCGAUGUAGCCGACGCCCUCAUCAAGCUCAAAGUCCCUCACGGUGGUUUCCUACCGGGCAUCACAAUGUGGUCUCCGCAACGACAAUCUGGUCCCGCAAAAAUCAUCGGACCGGCGUAUACAGUCAAAUAUGUCCGCAAGAACUACGAGAAUGAGCCGAAGCCGAGUGGGCAUUACAUCGACUCCAUUCCAAAAGGCGCUAUUGUGUUCAUCUCUGCGCCGAACAAGAUGAUCAAUGCGUGCUACGGAGGACUGAUGAGUACUCGGGCUCAGGUUUCGGGUGCGGUGGGCACGAUCAUCGACGGGAGACUUAGGGAUUUGCAGGAGCAUAGGGAUCUGGAGUAUCCGGUCUUCGCCAGAGAUGUCGGCACAACCGCACCGCAAGAAGUAGCGCGGGUCAGUGAGAUCGAUGUGCCUGUCAGACUCAACAGCUCAGAUCAAGACACGACCAUCUAUCCCGGCGACAUCCUCAUCGCCGACCUCAACGGCGUCGUCUGCUUACCACAAGGCCUCGCCGAACAAGCCAUUGAUUUGAUUGGCUCGCAGGUCGAAGCAGACGAGAGGAUGGCCGCAGACAUCAAGAAUGGCAUCACCUUCUCGGAAGCAUCGAAGAAGCAUCGAGCGGGUGUGAAGCAGCCGGCGAAAUUGGCGUAG